AAUCGCUGUGUCGAAGAACCAACAGUGAGAUCAAGGAACCAAGUAGGCCUAUUAAAAUAUCAAUGGAGAUGUUUAUACAGGAAAAUUAAAUCUCCAACCUAGGGGCGUUCAAUUCGUAGUCAGCAGAGGUGUCACAUGGACACAUUUUGUCAUUGCCAAACCUGCAAGGCACUUUAGAAAAUUCACAUUCUUUAUUUGUUUCUCCUUGGAGGCACUUCUCAAAUUUCAAUCUUGGAGAUAGACUUUGUGAUAUAUAUCUUUUUGAAGUCCUCAAUCUAGGGAUGAAAUCUUACUAGCAAAGCACUGUUCGAUAUGGACUCAAAUUUUGGCUGAAACCUUAAUUUUUUCUCUCCAAUUAUCUGUGUUGAUGAUAUCAAAUGGGAAACCUAGUACUACAUGGGGAAACUUGAAUAUUUUAGAGCAAGGUGUUGCAUUACAACAAUCCUUUCCCACCAAAAUCUCCAGAGCCAUCACUCAGAUAUACUUUUCUAAAAAUGCUCCACAGACACGGCAAUAGUUUACCAGAGUACAAAGUGCGCUAUCCAAAUUUACUCCCUGAGAUUUUUCACUGAGAAGGGAAAAUGUUUGACAAACACGGAAACAUGGUCUCUGGGCUGAGGAGGACACUCAGCUUCAAUGCGUGUUCAAACUUGGAUAUCACACCCGAGGAGAAGGUGAUUCAGUGGGACACCCAGUCAAACAUGGAAAGUUUCUCAGCAGGCCUGGUGAGGUCAGUGAGUCUCAAAGUGGAUUCGAGCCCCAGUAGCAAGUUCAAGAGACACAACUGGGGAAACUGGAUAGAUUAUAAUCCGAAAGUGAAACAAAGAACUAAGAUGGGGACUUCCCAGUGCAGUGCCAGCCUCCAGAGAUUCAGCCACGGUAGCAGUUGCGGCAGUCAGAGUAGCAACGAGAGCGAGUCACUUGAGUCAGCGUUCUUCAAAGCCAAGAAAGAUAUGCUUCUUCUGGUCCAAGAUGAACUCAUCCUAAAGAAAGACAUCCAAGACGUCCAAUCACUCUUCUCUAAGAUCAUGUCACAGCUCGAUGAACUCGAUUCCAACCGUCACAACAACUACAGCACCGAAGCCAGCAGCGUCGAGUAUUCACAAACGUACGCCAAAACCAACCUCAACCGCAACCAUCAAGCCCGAACCAUGAAAUUAGGACUCGGUCUCCCACCGCUCCAGCUAAACAAGUACUGUAUUCCACUGUCGCAGAGCAGCAGAUUUCAUGAUGAAGAGUCUUCUUACACGCAAACAGAGAGCAGCCUGUACCCAUCUGAUUGUGCCAAGAGCGAUAGCGACUAUAGCCAGACCAGCAGCGCCUCAAGUCGUCAAGGUCGUAACCGCAGCCGAAAGACAUCGAAACGUGUGAUGAACAAGACCUACGUGAUCGAGCCAGCCACCGAGAAACAAGCCGAGCCAAGCAUUCUUGAUAAGAGUACGUUCUUCGACCAGACCUCCUUGAGAAGUUACAACGGGUUUAUGCCAGUACUCAGCAGUACGUUCGCUGGCAAUCUCACGCAGCAUACGAACAUUGAACCUUGUGGUGAUGAUGCCGAAGAACAACUUACGUCAGCCGUCACACUGAACCGUCACCUACGUAACAAACAAAACGUCAGCCAGAACGAGAAGUCGAUGCUGAACAACACGGCCCGCCAGAACUUACGUCAGAAGGGAAUCCUCAAGAACUCAUCGUACUAUCAUGCCUGUUCUACUUCAGUCGAGAUCCCAUAUCCUGAUAGGGUCAACACUGAUUCGCCUAGGAAUGACGAUGGCUGUGACGUUUCCUUGGCAACCGAUACAACACUCGGGACACGCCCUUCACCACUCGGAGCCUACAGUUACGAACUCACGCAGAUCAACACCACUCCUCGCCGGCAGACGAAAGUACGUUUCGAGGAUGUCAGCAGCACUUCGGAUAGCAGUUGUGCAUCGUGUUCUAGUCAGACGAACUCUUGCGAUCAUGAUGAAAAACCACGUGUCAAACGCUUCUCGAAGAAACCGCCCACGCCGAUGAAAUACGGGGCAAGAAAGCCUACUGACUCCAGUUCCGACUCUGAAAGAGAACAAUUCAGAAAGAAACCAAUCCGUCGCCAAGUGUCAUUUGCAGAUUCUGUUCCCCAUGAUUGUCUUACACCGUCCGAUAUUGGCUCCGCCUAUUCCUGUGAUAGUGACACUAGCUUAUGGUUGGAGAACAGUAACGAGGUGUUUGUGGAUUACGAGACGGAACGUCAGGCCCGCAGAGCAGCGAUGGAUAGUACACAGAUGGUCCAGAUUGAAGAGAGUACGCAGAGUGUCGCUUCUGAGGAUAACCGUGAUGAACCUGUCUUAAAACUGCCAUGGCUGCCACAACUCGCAUUCGACAUCACUGAAGAUUCGUUCAAAGCUACGCUCAAAGAACUCGAGAACGUUGAGAACUACCCAAAUGUCGACCACAACAUGACGUAUAACGAUAACUUUGCUCUGAUCGCACAUAUCGAGAAGGAAUUCAAGAAGUGCCAAGAUGACGGUUCCGAGGUACACUCCGAUCAACUGAACGUGUCCAGGCACUACGCUCUAUCCGAGGAUGAUCACGUUGAUGUCGUCGAGGUGCCACUGAACGUUUCACUGAAUGACUCUUUCCCCAAGCAUCAGAAGUGUGUCGAUCAUGAUGUUCACCUUGCCCUUGGUGAGCCUUGCUCGUUCUACCUUGAGGAUACGCUGACGAUGCUGGAGAACUCGAAACUGUUUGAACUUCACAUGGAUCAGUUAUCUGAGAGUGGCUUCGAGAGUACACACACACUGAACAGCAGCGUUGAUUCUAGUCAAGCAGACACCAGCAGCAUCGAUAGUGCCAGUCAAAAACAAUCGCUCAAACCAAACACAGACAAUAAGCCAAAGUGUUCCCUUCCUGUUCCGAUGUCACUGGAAGUUACACGAGAGUCCAUUCCCGAUAUCACAAGUGUUCAAACUCCCGAGGACACGACUUGUGACUAUGAGGAUAAUAGGCACACGAUGUGUGAGAUGAACUUCCAAGGUGCCCCCCAGAGAGACUAUUGUGAAUCUGUUACAAGCAGUGCCAACAGCAGCAGCAGCGGGAUGGGAAGUCACAACUCGUCCCAGUCAUCCUACACCGCCAUCCAAGUCCACCCGGUCCUCUACAACACCCCCGUCACCAGUGCCGAACCAACGCCAGACUCCAGCGUCCACGACAGCAGUAAACUCAUUGCUCCAUACGCCACGCCUGCCAGUACUUGUACGUCCAUCAGUGAAGAAUCGACUGCCAUCACGAUUCUGAACCCGCCACAAUCGCAAAUGCUCUUCAAUCUUGGCAUCAGCCCAAUCUCGUCCAAAGACUCUUGUGUUCAGUCGCCUGUUGCUGUGCCGAUGAACUCACCCUGCGUUUCUGAGGAUGAAGACGAAACACUCAUGAAUCCUGUUAUCGUGAAUAGUGACAAUUCUCCGCAGAAUAUUCGCAAGCAGCUGUUUCCAUCUCCGGAUGGCCCACCUUCACCUAUAGUUCUACCGACGAAACGAAAACUUACUCGAGGAAAUAUCUUCAAAAUCGUACAACGUUCAAACAGCAAGAUCCGCGGCAAGAAAUCGAGUUCCGAAAGCGAUGAUAAGUUAUCGAACGAUCGUCACACGGUGUACAAGAAGAAGAAAGACAUCAAGAAGAAGCUGAAAGUGUUCAGUAGCUUGUUUCAUCGCAAAGACAAGGACUCUAUUAAUCAGAUCAAGACGCUCGCACAUAUCUAAAGACAAUUGUGUGAACUGUGAAUUCAAAGUAAAACCAAGUGAAAACUUUGCUAACAUUUCCAAGAAACCCAAAGGUUGUUACUUUUUUAAACCAAGCUGUCAAAAAGCCUUGGAAGUUGUAAAUUGGCAAAGUUGUUCCAUGGCGAUGCUGGAUUCAUAUGAACUCUAGUGAUAAUUAUGUGCUGAAAUAUUGGUGCUAUAUGAUAAAAGACUCCACCUAGUCAACAAUUUUCAUAUUUCAUGGACAAGUCGGUCUUACAAUCCAUACAGGUCAACAAGAAAACAAUUUGAGAGUGUCAUUAAAACUUGUCAGACAUGUGAACGAUGAAUGGUAUCUGUUGCAAUUAUAAGAAUUUCAUAAUAUUGCAUUUAUUUCGUAAAAGCUUAAAGCUUAAGAGAAGAGAUUUGAAUCUGAGUGUGAGAUUCUCAUGAAGCCAAAUAUGUAAAACCAAAGAGGUAAAAGUAUUGUAAAUUAAUGUAAAUAUGUAU